AUGAUCACCGCGCUGCCCCGCGGCGCUGGCGUUAUGGAUAAGGACACGGAGCAAGAUACAUGUACUCGUCGAGAGCGGCCGUGGCUCUACGCUUGGAAUCGCAGGCUUCGACAUCUUCAGGGGAUCUCUGUUCGCAACUUGGUUGUGACGCCGCCUCCGACCCGGGCUCGUGGCAAGACCAUUGAUGACGACGAUAUUCCGAAUACAUUGAGAACGAGCUCGAAGAUCUUAUCGCAGACCGAGAACCGUCCGUUGCACUCAUCCCGAUCCUUCACCGACCUUAAGUCGCAUACGAGUCAGCAUGAGAAUGCAAAGGAGCCCGCUGUGCGCUCGGCGCGUCGCAGAAGUACCCUGUUCUGGAACGACCCCAAUCCACGGACUCGACAGGUCAAACUAGAGGAUAUCACCAACAGCCGGAUGGUGGAUUCGUUCUUCUCACUUCACGGCGAGGGUCUCGGCGAACCGAUCUACGUCAGUGAAACGGUCGACCGUGCAAACAAUCCUAGUUUCCGAUCUUUCGACUUGAAUCUAUGUGGCCCGUAUAUCUCUCGAAUGGACGAAUUGACUCUCAAAAUCUGGACCAAGACUGGGGAUAUGUCGGAGUUCAUUUUACUAGUCGAAUUGCAGGUGCACCUGCGAUCUCUACAGUUCCUGGGAAAGACAUUAGAGAGCUUCCACCAACCACUUCCUGCGAACUCGAUUCUCUUUCACUUCCCAGACGGUGUAUAUUCCAACCUCACGGACCUUCCGCCGGUCGGAACACCACUCCACACUGCAGGGCAGAAGGCCACUGCUGAUGGUACUAUGCUUUCCUCCUCAUCUUAUGACGCUUUGAUGAAACUGGCCAAUCUGGACGAAUGUGUACAGGAUGCGUUGGCGACCAGGGAGAAACUAGAAGCCCAGAUUAGCUCAAUCCUCCAGCAAAAUGAGCGCUCACUGAAAGUCGUAAGUGAAGCAGCUGCAGCCCAGGAAAAGCUUGCUCUUACCAGGCAGUACGUUGCCAUGGAGCGCAAACGAGUCCGCACUGCAGUCAAGCGCAAAAACGAACUCAUUGCCAGCAUCAGAGCCCGGAAAGAAGCCAUGGAGAAAGGCAGUAGUUCCCAGGAAAAGAUCCGCAGCCAUCUUCCUGAGGCCCAGGAGAGGUUGAUCUCCAGCGAGCAAUUGCUUGCCCAAAAUGAGGAGGACACCAAGGGCCAGCUCCGACGUAUUGCCGAAGACCUUCUCACCAUCUACCCUAUUGAACCCAUCCCCGACAAGCCUCUGGCAUUCACCAUCGCUGGGCUAGCUCUCCCAAACUCGACUUUCGAAGAUAUCGACCGUGAGGUGGUCGCCGCGGCAUUGGGCCACACAGCUCACUUGGUGUACCUCCUCUCCUUCUAUCUCUCGGUGCCUCUCCCAUACCCCAUCAACGCGAACGGAUCGACCUCGUUCAUCCAAGACCCCAUCUCCGCAAACCUUCCACAGCGCACAUAUCCUCUCUAUCCGGUGAGCGUGCAGUACCGAUUUGAGUAUGGGGUCUUUCUUCUCAACAAGGAUAUUGAAUACAUCCUUAUCAAAUACGGACUGCGUGUCUUGGAUAUCCGACACACUCUUCCCAACCUUAAAUAUCUCCUUUACGUUCUGACUUCUGGUGAUUCGGCGAUCCCAGCCCGCAAAGCUGGUGGAGUGCAAGCUUUUCUUGCUGGGCGAUCGACUUCUAACGAGUCUCUACGCGGGAGCGUGGACAGUGGUGCAUCUGGUGAGUUAGUACAGCCGCGCAAAGCUUGGGAAUCUGUUUCCAAGAUGAAUGGCAGCUUGGUUUCAAGGACGAAACAGUCUCUAUCGACUGCAAUGUGA